AUGAGCACAGCAUGCACCACGUUUGCUCCGUAUCCUGUCAAACUGUUGCUGCUUUAUGCCGUACUCAGUAUCGUAACCGUUCAUUGCUUUGGUGGUGAAAAGGAGUCCCUUAACCUCAGCGGCACCAACGAGAGCUUGGCCAACAGCAGGCGUGCCCGGUCCGUGAGCAACCCGCCGCAGCCCCGCGACUGCACGCUCUCCGCCUGGUCCUCGUGGAGCAAGUGUGAUCCCUGCCAAAAGAAAAGGUACAGAUUUGCCCGCCUGGAACAACCUUCUCAGUUCAAUGGAGAUCCCUGUGAUUACUCUGACAAAGAAACCGAAGACUGUGUUACAAAUAAUCCUUGUAGGAAUAAAGUUAGAUGUGAAGGUUUUGUGUGUGCAGUUACAGGGAGAUGCAUUACACGGAGGCUGCUUUGUAAUGGGGAUGAUGACUGUGGGGACCAGUCAGAUGAAAAAAACUGCAAAAAAGUGUUUAAAAAAUGUGACCAGAAGAUGGAGCAAUACUGGGGAAUAGAGAAUCUGGCAAAAGGGUUAAAUAUCUUCACAAACAACUUGGAAGGAUUAGUUCUUGAUCACAGGUACUAUGCUGGGGGAUGUUCUCCCCAUUAUAUUGUGGACACGAGAUUCAGAAAGCCAUACAACGUAGAAAGCUAUACACCAGAGACCAAAGGCAAAUAUGAAUUUACAAUGACUGAAUAUGACUCCUACUCAAAUUAUGAAAGCAGUGUCCUGAAGGCGAAAGCUUCACAGUCUAGCUUCAGCUUUGGUAUAAAAAUACCAAAAGUGUUUGAACUUGGUUACAAUUCAAACGACAACAGGUUCAAGAAGUUCAUUCAAAGGAUGAAAAGAUUUUCUUCAACCUCCAGCAAAUUCAUUCAUGCCCGUUCUGAGCUGGCUGUUGCCGUUUAUAAGCUGAAGCCCCGAGCCCUGAUGCUGCAUUACGAGUUCCUGCAGAGACUCCAUCAGCUCCCGUCAGAGUACAGCUACGGGGAGUACAGAGAGCUCUACAGAGACUACGGGACCCAUUACAUCACGGAGGCUACUGUCGGUGGCAUCUACGAAUAUACUUUAGUCGUGAACAGCAAUGAGCUCCGAAACGCAGGUUAUUCUCUGAGUGAUGUCCAGAAAUGUGCACAGCAUGGCUUUAACAUUGGUGCAAAUAUUUAUGGUGUCUAUCUGAAUCUUGGAAUAACUGAAGCCGGCUGUAAAUCCCUUUUAAAAGAGAUUGGAGACAGCACCUCCGAAAAACAGUAUGUGGAAGAUUUCAUCGUCCUUGUUCGUGGCGGAGCAAGCGAACACAUUACCGCGUUGGCUUACAAAGACCUGCCGACGGCUGCGCUCAUGCAGGAGUGGGGAGAUGCUGUACAGUACAACCCUGAAAUCAUAACGCUAAAGGCAGAGCCGCUGUAUCAGCUGGUGACUCCGACUGACUUUGCUAAUGCAAUCACAAUAAAAGAAAAUUUGCAACGGGCUCUUGAUGAGUUUCAGCUGGAGACCAGUUCUUGUCGCUGCGCUCCGUGCCACGGCAACGGCAUCCCCUUUCUGCAAGGAACCGAGUGUGAAUGCUUGUGUCCCCUUGGCUACAGUGGCACUGCCUGUGAGAUCAGCAAGAGGAAAGAUGCUGCUAUUAAUGGAAACUGGGGGUGCUGGGCCAGCUGGUCUCCAUGUUCAGGAGGUCAACGAACAAGGAGACGACAGUGCAACAACCCUGCCCCGCAAAAUGGUGGUUCAUCAUGCUCAGGGCCAGAUGCUGAGACAGUUACUUGCUAG